GGUUUUGGUCACUCAUGCGUCUCGCUCUGUCGUUUUGAUUUCCAACGAAGUCUCCUCUCUACUCUACAGACGGAGCCAGCUAGAGAAAGCGACUCCACCUUCUUUGUCUCUCUCGAUUCCCUCUCUCUCUCUCUCUUCUUUAAAGAUACAGCAAGAGGCGCGCGCGUGCAUUUUCAGAGUGAAUCGAGCGAGAAGAUGGGCAAGUCAAAGUGUUUCAUGGACAUUAGCAUUGGAGGCGAGCUUGAAGGGCGAAUCAUCAUCGAGCUUUACGACGACGUCGUCCCCAAAACCGCCCAGAAUUUUCGAUCCCUUUGCACCGGCGACAAAGGCAUCGGCCCCAACACCGCCGUCCCUCUCCACUACAAGGGGAAUCGGUUCCAUCGUGUAAUAAAGGGGUUUAUGAUUCAAGGUGGGGACAUAUCAGCUAACGAUGGUACUGGUGGUGAAUCUAUCUACGGGUUAAAGUUUGAAGAUGAGAACUUUGAGCUGAAACAUGAGAGGAAAGGGAUGCUCUCUAUGGCUAACUCUGGCCCCAACACUAACGCCUCUCAGUUUUUCAUCACCACCACUCGCACUUCUCAUCUUGAUGGCAAGCAUGUCGUCUUUGGAAGGGUCACCAAAGGAAUGGGAGUGGUUCGUUCCAUUGAGCAUGUUUCGACGGAGGAAAACGCUUCUCCUUCUCUCGAUGUUGUGAUUCAUGACUGUGGGGUCAUUCCUGAGGGUGAAGAUGAUGGGAUUUGUAACUUUUUCAAGGACGGUGAUGUCUUCCCUGACUGGCCUAUUGAUCUUAAUGAAAGCCCUCCUGAGUUGUCUUGGUGGAUGGAGACUGUUGAUUCUGUCAAGGCUAGUGGUAACGACCACUUUAAGAAACAAGACUACAAGAUGGCUCUUAGAAAGUACCGCAAGGCUUUGCGUUAUCUGGAUAUUUGCUGGGAGAAAGAUGGCAUUGACCAAGAGACGAGCACUGCCUUGCGUAAGACAAAGUCGCAGAUCUUCACUAACAGUGCUGCCUGUAAACUGAAAUUUGGAGAUGCAAAGGGAGCAUUGUUGGACACUGAAUUUGCUAUGCGUGAUGAAGAUAACAAUGUCAAAGCAUUGUUUCGACAGGGACAGGCACACAUGGCUCUCAAUAAUAUCGAUGCUGCUGCUGAAAGCCUGGAGAAAGCUCUUCAGUUCGAACCUAACGAUGCUGGCCUCAAGAAAGAAUAUGCUGCUGUAAUGAAAAAGAUUGCCAUUAGAGACAAUAAAGAGAAAAAGCAGUACCGCAAAAUGUUUGGAUAGAAUGGGUCUGAUACAUUUUAGGGGUUUGGUUGGAUAGUGGAGAAGGGACUAACAAAGAAAAGAUGAAAAGAGCAUAUAAAAGAAAAGAAAUAUUCAAGACUUUGGGCACUGUUUCUGGUUCCCUCAUUUUGGUAAACAAUGUUUACUUCUGCAUUUCCAGCAAAGAUAUGCAUAAUCUUUUACCCACGACAGACUAUGAGAUGACGAUUAUUGCAAUUUUGAGUUAUUGCUGUCGCUCUUGUU